AUGGCUUCCGGCCGACAGGCGUGUUCGUGGCCUCUCCUCGCACGAGAUAGUGCUGUCUCGGAUUCAAAGACGAGCUAUGCUGAGGGCUUGGCCUGGCUGACAAGCGCCGCCACUUCAUCUCUUCAGGACUGCUCGAGGCCAUCGUCGUCUUCGGUCAUUGGCGCACAGAGGAUGCUAGGUGCACUGCGGAUGCAUAGUCUGGCCGAUCUGAUCACCACCGAACGGCAUCCGCUUGACCGACGGGCGUCUCUGCCCGGCAGGCUGAAGCAGCAGUACGACCACGGCCUUCCUCGGACGACGGCAGUCAUGGCAGACAGCCAUCCGAAGCCAUCGAGUGAUGCGGCGCAGGCUUUGAACCGCUCUGGCACACCGCCGAAUUACGCCGAAAUAAGUGACAGUGCGCCGCUGCUUGCCGCCAAUCUGCAAGCUUCCUCCUCGACGGGUGCAGCGUCAGCAGAGCAGGAGACGCUCGAGCAGCAGCGAGCGGGCAGCAUUGGCAAAGCACCGUCAUCUACAGCAUCCUCGGAUCGUCGCGAGAGCCUGAGAGCUUCGGCAUCGUCCAGCGGAUCGACAUCCAAGCGCAGUCGCACUCUUACCACGCCGCAGCAGACCGCUGUGCUGAACGCUCUGCUUGAGCAGACUCGCUUCCCCACGACCGCUACACGUGAGAGAGUAGCUGAGGAGCUCGGCAUGACACCUCGACGAGUUCAGAUCUGGUUCCAAAAUCGCCGCCAGAACGAGAAGCGCUUACGCGGGCAAGGCUUGCUCGAUCGCUCGCCUUCUCCUCCACCGCCGAGACGAGCACUUCCUCAGUACGCUUGGCGAGUGCAAUCGGACGAACACCAGAGAUACAGGCCCGCCUCCCUUCCGCUGCCCAUACCCACUAGAGGCGGAAUGCCUACACCAUACCCACAGCAGCAUCUGCAGCCCCCGUCACCAGAUCUGUCGGCUAAUCACGGUUCGAUGAGCUAUCCGCCCAUGCCUGCAUCUAGUGGAUCAUACGCGAGAGUGGAUAGCAGCCGAGCGAUGGUGCAUUCGCCUUCGCCCAUGCUAGCCCGUGCGAGCACUCCGUUGACCCACAACAGGCAGCAGAGCGAUAGCGCUGUCGCAUCGCCUGCCAACGGCUUUCCCGUUCGACCGUCAUCGCCUGACCGCUAUACGCUGCAGCCCAUGAAGCGAGGGCCGUCUGAUCCCGCUGCCUGGUCGUUAAGUAGUCAGAGCAGUCGGUCGAGCGAACGACUGCCGCGCUAUCCCGAAGAGUCGGAACAGCACCAAUAG